AUGUAUCGCGACGUCGUGCAUCGCCGCUGGGCGCGCGCGUUUCUCUUCCACCUGCUCUCCAUCGGCCCCUUCCUCUUCCUCUGGGCCGCGCCGCUCGUCCUCCGCGCGGGCCUCCUCCCCACGUUCCUCUCCUUCUUCUCGCUGCGCCUCUACCUCGCUUUCGCGAUUUUCGAUCUUUCGCAACUUCUUUUCGUUCUAGCUCGCCACGCCAUCGUCGUCGCAGAUGCCCCUCCCCUCCCCUCCACUGCCUCCCUCCUCGCUUCCGCCGCGAAUCUCGCCGGAUUUUCCGGCACAUCGGAUCCACGCCCGUUCGUGCACCAAGACCAACAGAUUCGCGCAGUGCACGGCGGGUUUCGCGGGCCCGCCAGCCAAUGGGAGGCGGAAGCGGCUAGGGCGACGCUGGCGGGCCGCGCCAAGUUCGCUUCACUCUGCGCCGCGGCGGGCGCCGCAGGGGCGAUCGCGCUCUCGCUCUUCCGCGCACAGCUUCUGGGCGGCGCGGUGGAGAUCGAAUCCAACGGCGCGUGGCGGCCAGACGGUUGGGCCGUGGCGGGCGAGGCGGGAUUCGGCGGCGCGGUGGGGGUGCUGUUCGCGGCGUACCACGUGGUGCGGCGCGACUACCUCCUCGCGUUCCCCGUGCUGCAGCGCGCCCCGUUCUACCGAUUCAAGACGACCCUCCCGCGCUGCGCCACAUCAGCAGCCACAUUCGGGUGCAUCACCGCCCUCCUCUACUCCCUCCUGCUCCGCCCGCUGCUGCUGCCCCUCCUCGCCACCGCCACCACCACCGCCACCGGCAUCCCGCUCCCCUUCCUCACCGCCCUGCCUCUGUCCAUCCGCGCGCUGCUGCUCUCUCUGCUCGCCCGCCUGCACGCCGUGGCGUUCCUCGCCUUCGCCUGGGAGGCCGCUGCAGCCGCCACGAACAUCUUCCUCACCCACCGCCACCUCUUCCUCUCCCCGCCCUCCUCCCCCUCCUCUCCCCUCGCCCCCCUCCUCCUCGCCCUCUCCCCCUCCCCGGCCCCCGCCCCUCCUCCGUCCCCAUCCCCCCUGCCCCUCCUCGCACUGCCCGCGCCCCCCGCCCUGCCCCGCCUCGUGCUCCACUGGGCGCUGCUCGACCUCUCGCUGCUCGCCGAAUCAGAGGCUGACACGUGGCGCCGCGCGGCGCUGUAUGAGUCGCAGGAGGCGUACAGCGCGGUGGUGGCGGCGUGCAUCCGCCCCGUCGAUGGCAUGACGCUCAGGGUGGCUGCUGCCGCUGGUUACCCCACCGUUACAGGUGUGCUGCAGCAGCAGCAGCAGCAGCAGCAGCAGCAGCAGCAGUACUCAUUGCAGUCACCCACGGCUGCAGUCACUGCAGCCGGGUUUGUCUCUGCUGAAGGGAUGAGAUGGCGGCAGGGGAAGAGCGGAGGGGAGGGGAUGGAGGGGCAGGCGCUGCAAGCGGGAGGGGUUGGGGGAAACGGCGCAUAUGGGGGGUUCGGGGGUCAGGGCUGGAAUGGAGGAGCGGGCUCAGAUCGUGAGAGGGCAGCAGGUGAGAGGGCGGCAGGUGAGAGGGCGGCAGGUGGGAGGGCGGCAGGUGAGAGGGCGGCAGGUGGGAGGGCGGCAGGUGGGAGGGCGGCAGGUGGGAGGGCGGCAGGUGGGAGGGCGGCAGGUGGGAGGGCGGCAGGUGGGAGGGCGGCAGGUGGGAGGGCGGCAGGUGAGAGGGCGGCAGGUGGGGCAGGUGGGCUGGUGGCAGGUGGGGUGGUGGCAGGUGGGCUGGUGGCAGGUGGGGUGGUGGCAGGUGGGCUGGUGGCAGGUGGGGUGGUGGCAGGUGGGGUGGUGGUAGGUGGGGUGGUGGCAGGUGGGGUGGUGGCAGGUGGGGUGCUGUGCGCCAUGAGCAUGCGGGCGCUGGCAGCGCUGACAGCAGCGUCGCGGGGGGAGGACCGCAUGGGCGUGGCGCAGAUGGCGGGCGCCAACGCUGCUGCGCUCUCCUCACUGCUGUCCGCGCUGCUCGCCCUCGAUCACCUCCUCCUCUCCCCUUCCCACCGCCACCCCGCCACCCCCGCCACCUUCUCUGGCUUCGGGGAAGCUUCCUCGCAAGCGACUCCUCCGGGUGCCUCUCAACCUGCCCACUUCCACCAGACUUCGGCUCUAGCUUCGGGAAGUGGGGGAUUGUUUGGCACACCAACCCUCGGUCUUAGGUAUGGAGGUGCUGAAGCAGGUGGCUCGGCCGUACCAGGCGUGGGAGCAGGGGGUGGGGCGGGGGGGAGAGCGGUGUACGGAGAGGGGGUGGUGGGGCCGGUGUGGGGCGAGGCAUGGGCCAUGGCAGAUGUGGUGCGCACCGCUCUGUACCGCAUUGCAGAGACGUUUGGGGAGGAGAUGGUGGAGAAGGGGGGUGGAGGGAUGGGAGGAGGGAGGGGGGGAAGAGGAGGCAGUGGGGCAGGGGCGUGGAGGGUGGAUGAGGCGUGGUUGCCUGCUGACAUGCAGCCGCUGUUUGGGUCGAGAGACGCUCAUGCAGCCAAGGUGCUGUCGCUGCUGGCACACACUGAGUAG